GUUCCUGUCGGUCUCCCGGGCACCCGGCCACCGCCCAGCGCCCCCCCCGCCUUCCCCCACGGUAUGGAGCCAGAGCUGGCGGCUCCGAAGCCGCCGCGGAGGCGAAGCCGCCGGGCCUCCGGGCUCCCUAAGGACGGCGGCGAGGGACCGGCCGGGGACGCCCGUGGGGGGCCGGGGCCGGACGGGAGAUACCCACUUCGGAGAGGUAGUUCCUUCACAUUUUUAACACCUGGCCCCCAUUGGGAUUUCAGUUUGAAAAGAAAACGAAAAGAGAAAGAUGAUGAUGUUGUAAGCCUUAGCAGCCUUGAUCUGAAGGAGCCAAGCAAUAAAAGAGUUCGACCUCUAGCUCGGGUCACAUCCUUGGCAAACUUAAUCUCUCCUGUAAGAAAUGGAGCUGUCAGACGUUUUGGCCAAACAAUACAGUCGUUUACUCUUCGCGGUGAGCAUAGAUCCCCAGCCUCUGCCCAGAAGCCGUUCAGCAGGUCCACAGUCCCCACGCCCACCAAGAGAAGAAGCAGCGUGCUGUGGUCAGAGAUGUUAGACAUCACCAUGAAGGAGUCUUUAACCACCAGGGAAAUCAAACGUCAGGAGGCAAUAUAUGAAAUGUCUCGAGGUGAACAGGAUUUAAUUGAGGAUCUCAAGCUUGCAAGAAAGGCCUACCAUGACCCUAUGUUAAAGUUGUCUAUCAUGUCGGAAGAGGAACUCACACACAUAUUUGGUGAUCUGGAUGCUUACAUACCCCUGCAUGAAGAUUUGUUGGCAAGAAUAGGAGAAGCAACCAAGCCUGACGGGACCGUGGAGCAAAUCGGCCACAUUCUUGUCAACUGGUUACCAGGCCUGAAUGCCUACAGAGGCUACUGUAGCAACCAGCUGGCAGCCAAAGCUCUCCUUGAUCAAAAGAAACAGGAUCCAAGAGUUCAAGACUUCCUCCAGCGAUGUCUUGAGUCUCCCUUCAGUCGCAAGCUCGAUCUUUGGAGCUUCCUAGAUAUCCCUCGAAGUCGCCUGGUCAAGUACCCUUUACUGUUAAAAGAAAUUCUUAGACACACUCCCAAAGACCACACUGACGUUCAACUUCUGGAGGAGGCAGUGUUGAUAAUACAAGGAGUUCUCUCUGAUAUCAACUUGAAGAAAGGCGAGUCUGAGUGUCAGUAUUACAUCGACAAGCUGGAGUACCUGGAUGAGAAGCAGAAGGACCCGAGGAUUGAAGCGAGUAAGGUGCUCCUGUGCCACGGGGAGCUGAAGAAUAAAAAUGGACACAAACUUUACGUUUUCCUGUUUCAAGACAUCUUGGUUUUGACGCGGCCUGUUACGAGGAAUGAGCGGCACUCCUACCAGGUGUACCGGCAGCCCAUCCCAGUGCGCGAGCUGGUGCUGGAAGACCUGCAGGACGGCGACGUGCGCAUGGGCGGCUCCUUCCGCGGGGCCUUCGGCAACUCCGAGAAAGCUAAAAAUAUCUUCCGAGUCCGCUUCCAGGACCCCUCCCCGGGCCAGUCGUACACCCUGCAGGCCAACGACGUGUUCCACAAGCAGCAGUGGUUCAACUGCCUCCGCACGGCCAUCGCCCCCUUCCAGCGGGCCGCCAGCCCCCCGGAGCUCCACGAGGACGGCGAGGAGAACAACCCCUCCGCGGGGAACCUGGGAGCCCCGGGAAGGGCGCCGGGAGCCGGGGAGGAGAGCCGGUGGGAGUGCGGCCCCCCCGGCGGCGGGGGCGCCCCGGCGGCGGCCGGCGGCUCCAAGCGGGUCAAGGCGCACCGCGCCCAGCCCGGUUUCCGCCGAGCCAGGGACAAGGCCCAGACCGGCGGCAAACGGAAAGAGACCCUGGUGUAGAGGAAGCCCAGCGAGCCUGUUUAUUUAUACAUGUGUACAGAUUGCCCUUGCGGCGGGGGGGCGUUCUAGGGUGACUUGGUGCCAGCUGUAACAUGUUCAUGGAUCGGGGUCGGGAUCUGUUUUUCUGUUUUGUUUUGUGGGGUUUAUUGGGAUUUUUGUUUUUGUUUUUUAUGUGUUUUGGGUUUUUUUUUUUUUAUGGCAGCUAAAGAUACACAGAUUACUGUCUAAAUUGCAGGGUGUUUGUUUGUUUUUAACUUUUUUUAGAGAUAUUUUCUUAGGUGAUUAAGAACAUAUAAAAGAAGGUUGGUAUUUUUACAUUAAAUGGCUUAUCUCCUACUUCUGGGCUCAUCAGGAGACUACCCAUCAACACUUAGCAUUUUGCAAAUACUAGAAUGCUGCUGCUGGUCUUGCAUGCAGAAUUUGAAGUUUGGACAUUGGCACCCAAAAUCUACCUGGAAUGCAUUUGAAAUGCCACAAAUUGUACAUUGAAGUCAAGCUCCCUUACAAAACAACCCAUUUUUUUUUAAUCAACUGGAAUACUUUGGUUUUUCACUGCACAUUCAUUCCUUGUUUUUCAUUCAUUUAUCCUGACAAUUAUUUAAUUUUUUAUUGUAAAGUAGUUUUUUAGUAUUUGCUUUUAUUUUUUUACUUUGAUGCCUUUUAAAAUUGGCAUGUUUUUUGUUUUCUUCCUGAUUAAAAAUGUGUGUAUGUGUGUAUGUAUAUAUAAAUAUAUAUAUUUGUUUUUUAAAAUCAUAAUAACCAAGUGAAACCAAGCCAUACUGUUUUUGAGCCAAUUAAGAAAAUUACAGUGUCUACAGUGUAGCAUUUCAGGACGGUGAAGACUCAUGAAAUGACUCGCUGUAUUCUAGACUACUAAAAGAAAACCACUUUCAAGGAAUUGUGACGAAUGUUUUUAUGUUGUCUGAGAAGCGAGAGAGAAGGUAGUAAGUAAAAGAAAAGAGGGGAAAAAAGGAAGUAGUUUUGUAUUAAAGUAAAAAUGUCUGGUUGUGCCAGAAUGUGAAAGAAGGUAGGAAAAGUUCAACCUGAGGGUCCGUAGUAAGUUGUAGAAGGCGAAGGGGAUGUGAAUUUUUAUUUGCCUGGGUGUAUAAAGCCUGCAGAUGAGAAGGCUGAAAAGAAAUGGUGAAUUGUGCUGAAAAUUUGACCGUAUUUGACCCCUGUGGGUCGGAUUAUUCAUAAGCUGGGGAGGAAGACCGUCGAUGGGUCCCCACUGCUGGGAUUCGGGUCUUCCGAGGCGGGAAGAAACCCGUGGGUCAUUGCAGAUGCACAGUGGUAAUCAAUUCAGUUAACUAUUAUGUGAAAUACAUUUGCCAGUGGAAAUGAAAAUUAGAAUCUAUGACUGUAAAUAGGUCAAGCAAAUGAUUUCUCUGUAUAAAUGAGUUAUACAAUUAAAAAGCACACACGUAAUCACCCUAAA